CCCUAGCCUCUAGAGUUUGUCGCAGGUGUGCCAUUGCAGUGCGGAUCUCUGCCACCACAGCCGUCUUCUGUUCUACGACUGCAGCACAUCGAGUGUGCACCGACUCAACGGCUCUUUUUAACGUAGCAAUCUGUUCUUCCACUGGCUUGAGAGAGUCCACGAUCACUUUCUCUUGCUUGGCAAACGACUCGGGCACAAGAUCGUACUGGUGGUCGCGAUGAGUGCGCACGAUGCAGUCUCGACAUAUCAACUCCUCGCAUGUCUCGCAGUAGAGCUUUGCCUUUUUCGACGGUUGUUGCACAUUGUUUGUUCACUGGAGCUCACUUUCUUGAGGGCAUCGUGAACAUCAAAGAGAUUGUGGAUGUAGAAAGCUCCUUGGAGCCCCGGGACUCCGCCCUCUGGCAGUGGAGUGUCCUGGCGACAUUGUGGACAUGGGAGACUCUGUCCCUUUCGUCCCUUACGUACCAUACGUUGCAGGCACUGCUCGCAAUACACGUGGAAACACUUGAGCAGCCUCGGCUGUUUGUAGGGCUCCAGACAUAUCCCCACAGGUGACCUGGUCCUGGAUCUUCUGGAGAGCUUUUUCGGCAGCAGUGGUGGAGGGUUUGGCAGCCAUGGCUUGCUGUCAGUAGUGC